AUGUGCACCUCACAGCCGGCAACGCAAGUGCUCCUACCUUGGCAGAUACAUCAGACGCUGGUGCCGCAGCAGCGCCAUGCACGUCCGCCAGUCCGAGGGUACAUAUUCGCGCUCAGAGGACCGCCGCCGAGCAGGCGCCAUUACGGCUCUGACGCGAGCGGUAACUCUCAAGAUCAGCAGCAACAGAACUCACCUCCACGGCCGAAACGCACCCUCCGCCAAGCGUGGCACUCGACACGAAUCCGAUGGUACCCCAUCCCGAUCCUCCUUGGCGCCUGCGUGCUUGUCGGUGUGCAGGCGCGACGGCAGUACCUCGCCGAGCGUGAUGGCAAAGGGCUCGGUAGCGGCGGCAAGAUCGUCGAUGAGAAUGGCCAGGUCGUCAAGAUGGACGGGCCGUGGACCGUGUAUGUCUUUGCUGCCUUGCCGCUCAACAGCAUCUCGCGACUCUGGGGCUGGGCCAAUAACCUGACGCUGCCCAUGUGGUUCCGACCGUAUGGCUUCAAGUUCUACUCGUACCUUUUCGGCUGCAACCUGGACGAGAUGAAAGACCCGGACCUGACGCAUUACGCCAGUCUCGGCGAAUUCUUCUACCGCGAGCUAAAGGACAGUGCACGUCCAAUUUCCGCGCAUGCUGAGCUGGUCUCUCCUGCAGACGGUAAGGUCCUCCACUUUGGUUCCGUGAAGCAACGGCGGGUCGAGCAAGUGAAAGGCAUCACUUAUUCGCUCGAUGCGCUCCUGGGUCUUUCUUCCGACCCUCAUUCAUUGGAGCCAUACGAGCAAUCAGCACUCUUGGGAUCUGUCAGCAAGCGAGAGCGCAACUUCCAAAUCAAGGACGAGAAGAAUUUUGCGCGAGUCAACGGGAUCGACUACAGUCUGGACCGCUUGCUUGGCGGCGGUCCGCGACAGCAGCACUGGCGAGUCUUCAGCGCGACGUGGUGGAGCAGGUGGAUUUCCGACUCGGUCGACGCGGUCACUAUGCGUUCAGGCGGGAGGAAAGGGAGCAAAGACAAACCUCUCUCGUGCCUGGCGCUCUUCUCGCAGAAGCGCGAGUCCCAAAUUUCCGAGGAGACGUCGCUCCUGCGGAACGAAGAUAGCGUCGCGGAAGAGGCAGGGAUACCCACACCGGAUACACCAGAGGUUCUCGGCAGGUACGCAGAUGUCGCGUUGGAUGUGGGCAGCAACGCUGUGCCACCCAUCUUGGAGCCGCAUUCACCGGGGCACGAUGGAGUCAAAGAGGGCAACAAGCUUUUCUUCACAGUUGUCUACCUCGCUCCUGGCGACUACCACCACUUCCACAGUCCUGCAAGUUGGAUCGUCGAGCGUAGAAGACACUUUAGAGGAGAGCUCUAUUCCGUUUCUCCCUACAUGGCCCAACGCCUCGCGAAUCUCUUUGUCUUGAACGAGCGCGUCGCGCUCCUGGGUCGCUGGCGGCACGGCUUUUUCAGCAUGAUCCCCGUCGGCGCGACCAACGUCGGGUCCAUUCGCAUCAACUUUGACCGUGCGCUGCGCACCAACCUGCGCGACCAGCGCGCUUUGGCCGGCACCUACUCCGAAGCUACGUACAGCUCAGCCAGCAGAAUCCUCGGCGGGCAGCCGCUGAAGAUUGGCGACGAGAUGGGCGGCUUCCUUCUCGGUAGCACCGUCGUGCUCGUAUUCGAGGCGCCUGAGACAUUCGACUUUUCCAUCCAGGCUGGACAGAAGAUCAAGAUGGGACAGUCAUUAGGGAGCAUCCCUAUACAACAGCCAAAACAGCGGCCAAUCUUCGGUUGGUGGCAUGGGCAAUACUGA